AUGAGAGUUCACUCUCCCACUUAUUCAAUCGCUAUAACCGAAUCCGAUGGUAAGGGUAUUUCAAACCAAAAUUCAAACGCUAAUACUAAUGCUGCUUCAAAUGGUAAUUCAAACUCCAAUCAAAACGCUAACCAAAAGGCUAACUCGAACACUAACGCCGAUUCAAAUGGUGGCUCAAACUCAAACGAAAAUUCAAGCAGUAACACUAACACAGUUACUAACACAAACACUAACGCUAACUCAAAUGGUAAUUCAAAUAUGAAUUCAAAUAAUAAUUCAAACACCAACGCAAAUGCCAACGCAAACGCAAACGGCAACUCAAACUCAAAUUCAAACGCAAAUGCCAACGCAAACGCAAACGGCAACUCAAACUCAAAUUCAAACGCAAAUGCCAACGCAAACGCUAAUUCAAACGGUUAUUCGAGCGCUAAUGCAACCUCUAAUUCAAAUGGUGGUCCAAAGAAGUAUCCAGCUUGUCCUGCCAAGCCAAAUGGAUCGGAUCGUUAUGGCCCAUCACGUAUACUUCUCAGUCGAUAUGAAAAUGGCUAUGGUGGUUACACUGGAGAUUUGAAGGACCAAGCCCCCAAAAAAUCACCUUUAAGAGAGACUUUGAAUCAAGGUGCUCGAUUGCUCUGUCUUCUUGCCGAAAUUGGUGCAAAUUUAAUUGCUGAUUAUGCUGAUGCGGGCCUUUCUGACAUGGAUCUUUCAAAAAUGGGUCUUCCUAAUAUGGACUUUCUCAGCAUGGGAUGA